CAUACGCCCUUGCUUUACGUUGUUUGUGCUGCUUUCGGUACGAACUGUAUGUGCGCAAGCAGUCAACUGGUGGGAAGAUAUAGUUUACCGUUGAUUUUCCGGAGAAGUCUGCAGACUAGUUGUAAAUAAUGCCCAAGUAUUACGAGGAUAAAGAGGACGACAACAAAGCAUGUUCCGGUGUGAGAGAGGACUUCAAGUCAUGCCUCCUUCAACAUGAUUGCGUCCUCAAGGACGGAAAGAGUGCCAGGCAGUGUCUGAAGGAAGGUCACUGCAGAGCUCUUCAAGUGUCCUUCUUCGAAUGUAAAAGAUCCAUGGUGGACGCUCGGUCGAGAUUCAGGGGCAGGAAGGGAUACUGAAGUGGAGGCUCGGCCAUCACGAUCUGUCGGGAAAGAUGAUACAGCAAGACUCAUUUCAUACAUCAGUAAAGCAGUAUGUUUGCA